AUAAUAAACAAUUAAUCAUUAAUUGCCGUGGCGUGCGUGUAUGUGCGUUCGUGAGCGUAACUAUGCAAAUUUCGUCAUCGAAAUCGCAACAGCGCGCAGUUGUUGGUGUCGAUGCAGCGGUUUUGGCAUCAGCCUGCACCUGUGGUGGCAUUUGCACCAACAUUUUCAGCUGUGUGGCUGCAGUUAGUGGCAAUGGCGUCAGCGAAAACGAUCAUUUUUAGCGAAUAAAUAAAUAAAGACAACCAACUACUGAAGGAGCGGUGUGUUAGGUUAGGGGUGCGACGGGACGAGACGAGCGAAACGAGCUAGGUCCGUUUUCUUCGUGCUUUUUUCAGUUUGUUUUGCGGAAAGUUUCCAACCGAAAGAAAGGAGUGAAAAGAAACGAAGUGGAAGUGUUAAGAGAGAGCAAAAGUGUGUGCAAUGCAAAGAAAGGCUGAUGAUGUGUUAUAUAAAAUAUUAAUACAAAAUGAAGGCCAAGAAAGUGUUUAAAAUGCAGCGAAAAAAUCAAUGUAUGCAGUUUUGACGGGUCGAACGGAAGGCACACAACACGCGCACAGCCCAUGAAAGGCACAAGGAAGAGAGGAAGCAGCAACAAAGCACAGCACAGCUGAGCAGAGGCUUCGUGUGUGUGCGUCGUGCCUGUGUGUAUAUUUGUGUGGGCUGUGUGUGGGAGGCAGCAACAGAAGCAGCGCCGCAGCAGCAGCAAAUCAAAUCAAUAUCUGCAACCAAAAUAAACUGAAAUCAUGUCUAAUUAAGGCAAAAAAUUAUAAUUAGAAGCAACGGCAACACCAGCAAUUGCAAGAAAGUGCGUUGCCCGAUCCUAUCUGAUCUUCUUGUUAAAAAAAAAAGCAAACAGCAAAAAUAAUGGAAAUUUAACAAAGUUUUAAAAGGUGUACUUCCGGUGCAAGAAAAACUCAAGCGCAGUAGGCAGCAGCAGCAGCAGGCGAGUGUGUAGCUGAGGCUGAGGCAGCAGGAGCAGCGCAGCAAAGGACAUCUAGAAGGACAUCCCGACCAUGAUACCCACCAGCGUCACCAAUUCACCGCCACCCGCUAGCUUGGCCCAGAACGGAGCUGUUGCUUCCUCACUGGGCUCAGCGGCAGGCGUCGGAGGAGGAGGUGGAGCAGGAGGAGGAGGAGUCACACAGUCUGCGUCAUCAACUGCAGCAGCAGCGUCGGCAGCGACGGCGGCACAGAACAACUACAGCUCCAUUGUGCUCGGACUGGCAUCGCUGAUACUCGAGGGCAGACCCAUUGCGGACGAUGAGUAUCAGCCGCUGACGAUGACAGGCACUGCCGCAGGUGCACCGCCAGUCAGUGGGGGUCGCCUGUCGCCGCGACCCUCCACUUCCCGGGCGGCCAUUAACAUAACAACGAAUCCAUACGCAGGCGCCACAACCACGCCACGCUCCCCCAAUGGCAAUGGAUCGGCAGGUGGACCGAGCAGCAUGACGACAACGCAUCAGCGUUGGACACAGAAGCUCUGCCAAUUGCGGCAGAUAUCGCCGGCAGCGCAGAGCAUGAGUGCCGAGCCAGAGCUGGUGUCGCUGGCCAUCAAUGAUCUCAACACGGAUCAUGGCGGCGACUACGAAAUAGUCCGUCGAGUGAUGCUGAAUCGAGCUGGAGGAAUGGGCAUGGGCAUGGGCAUGGGCAAUGUAGGAGGAGGAGGAGGAGGAGUAGGAGGUGGUCUGGGUGUGGGUAUGGGUAUGGGUGGUGGAACUGGCACAAACAAUUCCAGUGCUGCCAGCUCUUUGGGCUCCAACUCCUCGGACAAUAUACUGCACUCGCUGCAGUCUUUGGCCACCACCUGCCUGAGAGGCGGCCCAGCCAUGCCCAUUGGCCAGCCCUCGCCCUCAGAGACGCGUAAUCUGAGUCUAAACUUUGGUUGGACAGCAGCAGGAGCUGGAGCUGGAGCAGGAGCAGGGUGCAAUAAUAGCAACGUCAAUACCAACACUGCCACUGCCACUGCCAAUAGCGGAGCGAGCAGCUCCACCACCACAACCACCAAUAACACCAACAACACCAAUACAAGGCCCAAGCAUGGGCCACACUGUGAUCAGUUCCUCAGAAAGAUGGGUCUGGCCAAGGGCGAGGCGACAACCGAAGCUGAGGAGCACAUCUGUGAUAUGUCUUACCUAAAUAUGACCUGUAAUCGUUGGCGUGCGCAUUGCAUGAAGAUGGAGGCCAUUCUGGCACGCCGUGAUCCCGUUUGCAUUGAGGUAUACCUGGGUCCAGUCAGCCACAAGCUGCUGCUGGAACAGUGGAUCAUCAGCGGCAAGGAGAAAGUGCCGCCUCCCACGAUGACUCUGCCCUCGCUGUGCAGUGCCAUACGCAGUCAGCUGUACUUCUCGCAGAUUGUGGCCUGGUGCGAUCUGCUGCGCAAGUGCGAUCCCUCUGUCUAUGACAGCGGACGCGUUGUCUUUGCCAGCCAAAGCGCUGGAGAUCUGGCUGGCAGUGGCAGUGGCUCCCAUGCUUCGCGUCGGCCCCGCCUCAACAUCUUCUACAGAAUUCGGCAGCAUAAUCCAGCGGCAAGCAAUGGCUGUGGCAGCCAGUACUUGGACGAGAGCAGCGGCUUCAGUGCCAAGGCUUCGGUGCACAACUUUCCCCAUGUGAACAUCUCGGAGAGCUUCAGCGUGUCCGUCUGCGUGAGGAGUCUGCCACGGAUCAAUGGUGGCCUGCCGCACAUAGAGCCACCGCCUCCGACACUGCCACAGCCACUGCCAACACCACCCACGCGAUCUCUGCGACCGCCAACGCAGCCAGCCAGCACUCCCACAGGUGGUGGUGGCUUGCAUGCAGCCUCACCCACCGGCCUGGGGGCACGCACCGCUGCAACCACGCCAACUCCGACGCUGACAACCGGCUCCAACUGUGAUAAUAAUGGCAAGCAGCGGCAGCAGCAACAGCAGGUGGUGCCGCCGCCAUCGGGCGAUGAGCUGGACAUAUCGGGAGAGUUUGGCAGCGUGACCCACAGGGAGCGGCAGCUGCAAAAGUAUCGCAAGCGAAUGCAGCGACGUGACAAGAAACGGGAACUGAAAUCAACGACAGAGCGGCUGCAGCUGGAGGAGCCCAUGGAGGAGGGUGAGGAGAUGACACAGUCCACCUCCCAGUCCCAAUCGCAGUCCCAGUCCCAGUCGCAGCAGCAGCAGGCCAUUGUGAUGACACUGACGCAGCCACAGCCACGUCGCAUUGCCAUGAUAUCGACGGGCACGCAGACCUCGCUGAGCAGCUGCCAGCAGUGUGGCAGCGAGAAGACGCUGCUCUGCCUGAACUGCACAGCCGGAGAGGGGGUGGAUAGAGAUGAGAACGAUGACGAUACAACGGCCUCGGAGAUCGAGGACACAUCCAGCUGCAGCCUGAGCAGCGGUGAUCUCAUUGUGGGCACGCCGCGGAACAAGGCCGAGCUGCUCCUGCAGGCCAUACAGCGCACGCCAAAGAAUCGAAGCAGAAAGCCACACCAUGAUCUCAACAGAGGGCAGAAUAACAAUCAGCCCAAGGCAGUGCCGGCGGUCAGCGGGUGUCAGGUGUGCAAGCGGCAGAAGACGCAGCAUAACUUUGCCAAUGGACGAGGCUGCAGCAAUGGCUACACCCGCAUGGAGCAGGAACCGGAGCAGGAGUCAGACCGAGAGACAGAGCGGGAGGCACAGAUUGAGCGCUGCAAGACUCCACCACCGCCAGCCGUGGCUGAUCACAUUGUGGUGCAGUUCAAGACGCCCAUCAGUCAUCUGCCACUCACGCCGCAGUCGAGCAACACGUCGCUGGGUCGUCCGUUGCCAAAGCCCAGCCAGCUGCGUCUCAACUGCAGCGGUUUGGCGGCGGACAACGAGACACCGCCACCGACAUGCUCGCCGCUGAUGCGCAAGCCGCUGCCCAAGGUGAAUCUGACGACGAUCUUCUGCAGCUCGGCUCCCAUAACCAUUGGCUGUGGGAGCAGAGGCAGUGCAGGAUGUGGCAGUGGCCAGAGCAGUCCAGCCUUCUCCUUCGAUCUGGCCGCCCUGAGCCACGCCCACUCGCAGCUAAUCACCCCAGAGGCGGGCAGUUUGACGGUGCAAAAAUCCUUCUCAGCUCCCACGCUGCCCAAUGCCUCGUUGUCGGUGUCGCCGAGAUUUGCCAAGCAGGCGGCGGCCUUCUACAAGCGACGCUCCCGCCACCUGAGCGAUCGCUCGGAUCGCAGCUCGCUGGGCUCCGACGAGCAGUUGUCCGACGAGGAUCUAGAGUCGGGCAUGUGCAGCCCCGCGGGCUCCCCGCUCAAGAGUCUGGCGCGCCUGGCCACGCAGUUUGCGGGCCGCCCGCUGCUGGGCAACCUGGAGGAGUCGCUGCUGCAGAAGCGGCUGAUGCCCAAGAUCGAGGUGAUGGGAUUCAAGCUGCAGCUGGGCGCCUCCGGUGGCUUCUGCCCCACACAAUUGACCAUCCCGGCUGUGUCCUACUUCUACGAGCUGCACGGCGAGACCCUGAGCACGCCCUACCUGUGCGAGAUUCGCUUGCCACGCAAGGGUUAUUCGGUGCCCAGAACGGGCACGGUGCAGGCCACACUCCUGAAUCCCAUGGGCACUGUGGUGCGAAUGUUUGUGAUACCCUACGAUAUGCGGGACAUGCCACCGCUGCAUCGCACCUUCAUACGGCAGCGCAUACUGGCCGAGGAGCCCGCUUGCAAUGGCCAGCAGACGACACAUGAAAAGGAGCAGGUGCAACAGCAGCAACCACCGAUACCACGCAGUCCCACGGGCAGCAGCACGAGCAUCACCACCAGCAAAUUGGGUCACUUCAUCACAGCCGAGCAGAUGAAGCGGCUGCGCUACUCCAUACACUUGAGGUUCCAGACAUCCCGCUCCGGACGCCUCUCGCUGCACACGGACAUCCGUUUAUUGAUCUCACGGCGCACCGAUUGCGACACGGCUGCUGCCCACGCCAAGGGCGUGCUGGAGGCACCCAAUGAGCUUGUAACCGACACACUGACGCCCACUGAGCCGCGCUACAGUGCGCGGCAGGAAAGCGCCGGCAAGAUUUAGUAGUUACUAAAGGCCUUGGGCGGCACAUACCAACUAAUACGCCGCCUGUGCCUGCAGCUUCAUGCCCAGCUCUGGCACCGCUUUCAGCAGUAUCCAAAAUAUCAAUUGUAGUGGGAGGGAGUGGGCUGGCUGGCUGGCUAGCAGAGAACAGGAAUCGAAAGAAAUUCCUAUGCUUUAUUAGUUAUUCUUUAAACUACGUAAAUUAAUUUAAUUAAUUUUUUCUUCCUUUUUUUCAAAUUUUCACUCCCCCACUUUUAGUGCGCGGUGCCCUUUUGUGGUUUAGUUUUUGGAAUUAAUUGAAAACAACAAAUGUGUGAAGCAAACAUUGCAAUGUAAAAAUGUUAAAACAAGUUGAAAUAUUUAAACUGAAAAGCAAUUGAAAGAACGCCAGAUAAAAGCAACGGGGGAAAUGGAUUUGGGACGGGGUCAAGCGACAAACUAGCAAUACUAGAGGGUGCCCUCUCGUGGGGUGCCACUUAUACAAUUUUAAAUGCAAUUUAAUGAGUAGAAUUUAGUGCAUUGAAUUGAUGGAUGGAUAAAUGGAGAAUGGAUGGUAUUUGUAUGCGCUCAUAUCGAUCGUUGUUGUUAGUGUGUAGCGUGUGUUUUCUAUUUGUUUUUUUUAUCAAAAUUGCCUUGAGGAUCAUUCAGCAAUCAUCCAAAUUCGAAAUGUUUUACUUUGCGUGCAAGUUUGUUUGAGUUUUAUGUUUCUUUUUUGUGUUUCCGUUCUAUUAAGCGUGCCUGUGAUACGAUAUGAGCUGCAUGAGCGAGCGGUGAGCAUAUUUCUAAUAGGGUUUGUCUUUAGUUAAAUACAAUUGCAACAAUACAACACAAUAAAUAAUACACUUGUGUGUGUGUCUACCCCUUUUGAAUUAGUAUUCACUGUUUUUGUUUUCCACACUGUAUACUUCAAUAAUAAACAAACAAAAACUAUAUAUAUAUUAUAUAGAUAGUGUGGUACUACGAUAUGCAGACCCACACACACCAAGCGUACAUAAUUUAAUGUGUUUGAAAGGUCUUGACGAAAAAUUCUUAGUUUCCAUUGAUACCUGACUAUAACUACGUAUAAAAACCAACCGAAAAAAACAACUUUACUUAACUUACAGCUAUUAACGAUGUAGAUGGUAUGAUUUGUGCAAUUAAACUAUACACAUGCGAGUACUAACAAAAGAAACAAUAAAGAGCAAACAAAGUCAAUGACGUUCGAUAUCAAA